CAAUUUUUGACAGCCAUACAGUUUACCCUAGAAACCGGCCUCAAACGUUUUGGUCUAAAAAAGCAAAUAAAGGUGUCCAAACACUGGAAAUAUUUUAACCACUACGAAUUACAUAUGGAGAAAAGAAUGACGUGACUGACGUCAGAAAAGAUGACGUGGUCAAAAGACGUUAGCUCUAUAGCGAUCGAUUAGUUGCACAGUUUCCUGCUGCGUAUAUGUUCAACAGAGCAAAAUUUAAACAAUUUAAGCUAAGAUGCGACAAAGUAGAGACAAAAGUACGAUUUAGAUGGGCACCGGAACAUUAGAAACGUUGAGCGACAUGGACUCGACCUCCAUACUUCCUACAUUGGAUAGGAACUUGACCGAGGGGCUCUUGUGGUCAAGCAAUGGUGACAUUAUUGCAAACACAGAUGGCGCUGGGGAUUGUAAUACACAGAAACUGGUAAAACUCGAGGGCGUUGUAGACACCAGUGAAGACACGAAAGCUGAUGAUCUUUCCCAUGGAGGUUUAACAGUUGCGGAACGAUUUGUCAGUAUACUUGAUAAGAGAAGGCAGAAGAGGAAAGUUGAAGAAGACAUCGAAGUUGAAUGGAAACCAUCUAUAAAGCCUGAUGUGGAAACCGUAGCCAGUCGUGUAGACAGUCUAAUUAGCAAACUAAAGAGACAGCUUAAUGAAGAAAAGCAGACCAGAUCGACUGUCGUAAAAUCAAAUUAUUCCCAGUUUUCCAACGGUGUGGACGCAUUUCUGAGAUAUCAUGAGAAACCAAGAGCUGACAUUCAAUUUUCAGAAGAUGAUGGAAUCACAGAAGGCGAGGGCUUAUACAGUUUCGCUGUAAGACCGUCAAAGAUAAGGAAAAGAAAGAAAGAUACUUUUGACGUUCAAGAAAAUUCCAACAUCUUUAAAAUGGCUCCUAGUGAAUAUCUUGGAACAACUCCUGAACACAGUGGUGAUGAGUUUAAAAAGGAACUGAAAUGUAGAAACUCACUUUCUAUCAAGCAGCAUGGCGAUAAAUCAGGCGAUGUGUUCAAGCACGAUGUGUACUUGACCGGCAGUAACCCAACAAUUGAUGAGGCUUUCAACUUAUCAACACCGCUGCUGUACAAGCAACCGCCGACCAAAGCUAAGAUCAGACAGAUGUUAUCUACAACUGACACCAUUCAAACUGCUGUAACGGUCAACGGAUGCAUUAUACAGCAGAAUAAAAAGAGAUUGACAUUCCAAGAAACCAUGCCUUUUUUCAACUUGACUGUCACACCGCCAAACAUCUACAUUCACGCCAUGGCUUCUUAUAAAAUUCAACCAUGCGGAGCAGUUAUCGGUCUUGUGAAUCCCAGAAGGCUCGAGUACAACAGAUGUAAGCAAAUCUGCGACCAUGCCAUGCAUUCGAUCAUGAGGUUUGCUAUAAGUGCGGAAAUCUAUGGCCGCAAUAUACCUCAGAUCUACAAGAAAUCCGAUACAACACUACACCCGGAAAGAUGUAUCUGGCCGCAGAACAAAAGUUGUGGAAAAAAUACCGACAUGGCCAGAAAGGUAUGGUCAAUAGUAGCUCUAUUAGACACAAUAUCACCAAACGAAGAAAUCUACGGUCACACUGGACCUCCACUCUCCAACCUGAUAACACAGAAGGACGUCUAUCAUAAUAUGAUAUCACUUAUUCGAGCCUAUCCAAAGUUUGAGAAAACGUACACAGACAUGAUUUGCAAGAUAUCAUUACCAGAAAUGACCAAGUUUGAAGCUAUAAUCCAAUACACGCUCUCAGCUAAAGAAGACUACCAACUUACGGAAACUACAAUCGGUGACAUGUUAGUAGCUGAUAAAAUGUUCGACCGCAAGGUACAUCCGAUCUAUGCAACUAAUCGAAACACUGAUGUACAAAAGUUCUACAGAAGUGUCUCUUUGAACUUAAAGGCCACGUUUUCCGAGGACAUGUAUGAUCAAGUGGUGCUCCCAAUCUUCGAAACUCCUGUAUCUAGAGAAAUACAUGACCGCACCGUUUCUCCUAUCAGUUUUAGAACACCAAAAGAAGUGCAUCUUGUACAUGAUCACGUAAUAUUUCCAAUCAACGAGUUCCAUAAUACUGGCAACAUCAACGACGACAUGGAAACAACAUCCAGCAACGACUCGACUUCGGAUGAACUUCAUGAUCCGCCAAUGCACAACACCACGAUACACGAGUUAGACGAUGAUGGUCCAUUCGGGAUUAUGUCUGUCUACUGUAACAGCGAAUUGCAUUCCAUGUAUGACAAGGUGUCAGAGGCAGAGAGGUAA